UAUAAACAACACUUAAAGGAUGCUCAAUUCGACUUUAAGGUUUACUGUGGAUGUCACAAUAUGAAGCAAACCAAAAUGGAGAUCUGCAGUCUGCAGAUUUAGCAGUUUGGCUUCAACACCACAAGGAGGCAGUAUGGGAUCUGUGAGAUGGUGCCUCUGAGCAAGGUGUUUUUGCCCUUUUUUCUGCUGUGAGACUCAUAGCAGCAAAUGCUCUGUUAUGGCAUGAAUCCUGAAGCCAGUUCAGUUUAAAUCAGUUCAGUUCAAAUGACUUUAUUAAUUCCAUUUAAGGCAAUUCAUUUGAAGCAACUUGUUGCAGGUUACAGAACACACAACAAAGAAUACAUACCCACAGACAUGCACACACAUGCAUACAAUUACGUGUACAGGGUUUUAUUUGUAGUAGUUUAUUUGUGCUAUAACCAGUCAGCUUUACAUGUAGGAAACAUGUAUGUUCAAAUGAAAGCAUUCCUCGAUAUAAACCAGGCGAUAAACAGAUCCUCAGUAGCCGCUCCACUCUGCUGAAGGAUAAAUACCGUGUGAACUGCAUUUGUCUUAUGGAUGUGCUUAUUAAUAGCAGUUCCUCUGUAUUUAAUAGGUUAUUACGCAGCUCUUCUAACUGUUUAUAUAGAAAAAACUAAUAUGAAAACAGAAAAUGAUGAUGGAGGAAAAAGGGGAUUUUUUUAGGUGAAAUCUCUGAGGUCACUAAGCAGAAGUGCAAGUUCUAUAACUAGAUGAUUCUUUAGCUUCUCACACAGAUAGAUAGGAUGUGUGACUUCAAAUUAAAAGCUAUCUUCUGCUGCAUGUGUUUAAAUGAGGUGAAACAGAGAAACAGGAAGACAAGCACUUGAAAGUUAAAAGAAGUGAACGUGAAUGCUGACAGUUCUGAGAGGUGGUCUUAUAACAGACGUCAUCCACACGUUGACUCAACACUCAUAAUGACAUAGAUCAGGAAGUGUUCUGUCACUCCAGCGCUGAUUGUUCAGACUGCGUUCAGUUAAAGCUCCGCUACAUCAGAGGUAUGACCAUCAUCUAACACCUGCUGAAGAUCUCUCUCCUCCCAGACAAACACAUGGACACAGUCACAUUCAGACACCAUGGGCUCCAGACUGAAACAAAACCCUGAGCAAACCUUCUACUGGUUCUUUGAAGCAACUUGUCCUGUAGCCAGAGACAAAGAUCCUGGACUGCUGUUUCAGUUUCCAGAGGACUUCAGUGAUGAGGAGUCCUGUCAAACAUUACCCAGAUUCUGCUUCCCAUAUGACAUUCAAAGGGUGAGGGAUGGAGUGGCCGUGCAGCACUUUACUUUUGUUCUGACUGACCUGGAGGGAUGCCAGCGCUUUGGCUUCUGUCGUCUCACCAACAGCACACAUACCUGCCUCUGCAUCCUCAGUUAUCUUCCAUGGUUCGAAGUGUUCUACAAACUCCUCAACAGCUUGGCUGAUUACCUCUCAAAGGGGCAGACCAAUGAGAUGAAAGCGCUCCUGGCUGCUCUCUACAAACAGCCCCUUCCGCUGGCAGCUGGAUCGGUCACUCUGCAGAUGGGAGAGCAGCUGUUGGUCAGCACAGAGGUGUCCCAUCCCGUUGGACACCCAGAGGGAAAAGAGGGGGUUCCAUAUUUCAUUGCUCCAGACCCCCGAAGUCUCCCUUCCAUCCCUGAAAAUAGGAACCUGACUGAGCUGAUUGUGGCAGUAGAUGUGGGGAACCUGCUUCAGCUCUAUGCCAGCUUGCUCUUUGAGAGACGCAUCCUCAUCUUUGCCAGCAAGCUCAGCACCCUGACAUCCUGCGUGCAUGCACUCAGUGCUGUGUUAUAUCCCAUGUACUGGCAACACAUCUUCAUUCCUGUCCUACCACCCCACCUACUGGACUACUGCUGUGCACCUAUGCCUUACCUAAUAGGGGUUCACACCAGUUUGUCUGAGAGGGUGAGGAGUCGUGGGUUGGAGGAAGUUGUAAUUCUGAAUGUGGAUACAAACACGCUUGAAACCCCAUUUGAUGACCUUAAGAAGAUACCUUCAGAUGUGAUGUCCGAGCUGAAGGUGUGUUUGAAACGCCAAGCGGUGUCACCCGGCUGUGGUGUCUCUCUGGCCUUCCUCAAAGCUCAGGCUCUGCUGUUUGGAGGCUACAGGGAUGCACUGCAAGGUCAAAAGGAGGGUGAAAUAUGUUUCUGCGAAACACUGUUUUUAGAUCACAAGUCUCCCAGCAUGAAGCAGUUCCUACAGAGUGCCAUUCAUUUACAGUUCUUCAAACAGUUUAUUGAUAGUCGUCUGGAUAUUUUGAACAAAGGGAAGGAACCAGAUGAUCUCUUUGAGGAGGAGAUAAUAAAGUGUGAAACAACAGCAGGAAGAGGCAAAUCAUAUCAACAAUUAGUUGGUAAUUUAAAGAAAGGGGGAGGAGCUCUCAUCCUCAACAUGAAGUCUAAAGCAAACAUAAGGGCCAAAGGUCUCGCCAAGUCUGGUUUGAAAAACCUGCUGAUGCAUAAGAUCCACAAUGAAGAACACAAGCUUCAGAGAGGUGGAUCAAUAACACACCGCCGUGUCCAAUCUGACUGCUUGCAGAGCCGGCUGCCAAUCACACAGCACUUUGGAAAGUCGCGUCCACGUCGGCCUGUUCACAAACAGACUCCCAGAGACAAGGACAACAUGAGGGACACUGGAGAUACAUGGGAUGGAGCUGUGUCUGGACCUGUGGCCGAGGACGACUCUGAGCUCCUGAAGGAUGAGGAAGAAGGGGAAGAUUCACUGCUGUGUGACCCAGAGGAGAUGGAUCUUCUCGGGGAGAUCUUUGACACACUCAGCUCCAGGAGUUCACAUGAGCGCGGCCUGCUGUACGGCACUCGUAGCCUGGAUCUGUUUGGACCGGACAGCCAUGACUUUAUCAUGAAGUAUGGUCCUGUCAACCCCAGCCAGGAAAGCCUGUCUCUGUCUAUGAGCGGCAGUGAAAGCCUGCACAGCUGGAAUCUGGAAACAACGGAGGAAUUGUCAGACCUGACAGAGGACUCUGACUGGCUGUGCCUGGACACCAGCGUACCAGAGGAAGAAGGGACAAAGAGUCUGCUGACAGCAUGUGAAAAGGAAGAUCAAGAAAAGGGGCAGAGGCAGGACGGAGAGGAACGGGAAGAAGUGAAGGUAGCAAUAAAUGGGAACCAAGAAGAAAUAGACGACAAAAAUAACUUCAAGGAAAUAAAGUUAGAAGAAGAGAGAGAAAAAGAUCAAGAAAAGAAAGUGAGUUUCGGGGAUUACCCUGUAAGUGAAAUGGCUGAGAAACAAGAGAAUGAAGGGUUGGAGGAAGCUGUGGGACUCCAGACAGAAAGAGGAACAAAUGAAAUGCAAAAAACUGUGACAAGAGAAGAAGAGACCCAAGAGGAGGAAAGUAAAGAAGUGGGAGACUCUUUAAACAAACUUAUGAAACUGAAUCCUCAUCAUCCCGGCUCUGUAGAGGAGCAGCAAGGACAUGAGGAAACAGCCAAUCCAGAAACUACAGUCCCUCCUGGACCUCAGAGUCUAGCUGCUGACCUCAAACCUUCUGCCUGUCAGGAUAAAAAGAGCGAAGAAGCAGCAAGAAAAGAGGAGCAGGAGGUUAGACAGAGCCGCUCUCCUCCUAAAGUGCAAUCUGCUGUGGAGCGCUUUCAGUCUCAAGCCUCCAGCCAAAGCUUCCAGGUGAAGACCAGGACCAAGGCCUUGGCUGAACCUGGGAGACCUGUCGACGUACUUCGAAGCAGAGAGAGAUCACAGACUCACCCACCCUGUGACUCAGAUGUGUCCCACACAAACAGCCGCUCGGACGCACCCGAGGAAGAAGAACGCCCUGCAAUCAAAGUGUCGGAACUGAAGAAGAGAUUCGAAGCCUAAAGGAUGAGGCUGGUUUGCAUUCCAGUUUUUGUUACUGUCAACAAAUCCCAUGAAAAGACUAAAGCAAUGUGUGUGUCUCAGUAUUUCUCUUGCCUAUCUGAGACUCUUUGUCCCAAGUUUGUGUGUUUCUGUUGAGGAUGUGAAUAUAAAAAAUCAGGCUGCAAGUAUAUUGCUUCAUAUUUAAUGAGGACUCAGUAAUUUCCUAGUUUAGCUGACAGCUCUAGAGUUGAUUGGAUAUUACACAAACAGGAAAAAAGUGGUGCAUUUGUUGGGGACUAUUUUGAUCCAGAUUUAGUGCUCUAAUGAGUAUUAAUGGCAGUUGGACAGUGCAAAUGAAUCAUAACAAACUACAGUAUUUUCUCAUGGUAAUGAAGAAACUUGUUGCCCAGCAACGCUCAGUCAUGUUUUUAACAAUUCUAUUGUUUUCUUAUUAUUUUUAGUCUUUUAACAGUAUUUCUUGACAAUAACAGACACAUAAUAUUGCUAGACUUAUUCUAGGGGUGACAAACUUGCUAUUUUUACAGAUAUUUAUACAGUUUUUGGUGUCUCUGAUUAUUGUGUGGCUAACAAAAUGCACUCAAAAUUAAGUCCAGUAGGAAAAAUGACUGAAAUAAAACAAAAUGUGUGCAAGUGAGAACAAAGAAUGUAUCUACUGAAAAGCCCAUUUGUCACUGCUACAAAACUAUUUACAAAUGUAUAUCUGUGGGGGAGAUUUCCAACAAGAACUGCUACAUUCUGAAGAUAAUUAUCACAUUUUUGGCAACUGUUCACAUAGAAUCUGAAUAAAUAAUAAACUAAG